AUGAGGAGGCCUUCCCCCACCAGGCAGGUCUCUGCUGUAUUCAGCAUACCUACUCCGAAUGAUUCCGAAUAUCUCUCUGGACUGUUUGCAGAAUUAUAUGGGUCUUCUGCCUUAGGGAAUUAUUACAUGAAAUCAGUUAUUGCUGCCUUUAGUGAAGGAAAAACUGGCCUUCGAGCAUACUACUGGAGCACCUUUUGGGCCCCACAAGAGAUUGUUCUUACUAUUAAAAAUGUAAUCUCAGUGAAGCAAAAACAAAUUAUUAGUAAAAGGACACCCCAAAAGAUUAAUAGUUCAGCUGAAACAUUUUCUCUUGAAGAAGAUAUUGAUAUCAUUACAAUGGAACUUUUUGUCAUUGAUCUGUUUUUGUUUUGUCUACCAGUGGCUUUUGACCUUUAUGCAAAGCCUGGUAAUAACAGAACAUUGACAUUGAUGAAUCCCAAGAAAUCUUUUUACCAGUGGAGGCUGCGAGUCCCAGCUGAUUAUGUGGUGAGGCUGGUCGUGGUUACUGUGCAUGGGAUAUCUCCUGGGAGCUGUGCAUCUCACAGGCUAUCUGCCUAUGAUUUCCUUCUUCCUCUGCAGAACAAGAUAAUUACAAGAUGGUGUGGAAUGUCUGGGGCCUGGACCUCCCCAUUUAUACACUUAACUUCAUCGAGCAAUGUAAUGUUGGUUACUUUCUCACUGGACCGAAGAAAAGACAGCAGUGUACUGAAAGCUUAUUUCCAAGCUGUUCCUAAAAUUGUAUGUGGUGGCCAUUACAUCUCUUGGAAUGGGACUGUGACUUCUCCUUAUUAUCCAAGCUACUAUCCACCUAAUAUUGACUGCCACUGGAUUAUUAGGGCACCACUACCUGGAUACAGAUUGCUAUUAAAACUUCUUGUAAUACAAGUUCAAGAACAGUCUCUAGGAUCCAAUAAAUGUGAUAAAGAUUGGCUGGAAAUUGAUGGGGUCAGAUAUUGUAAACCAGUUUCAGAGGGCAACAGGAUCAAGGAAUACGGCUAUUCAGUUGCAAUCAGUUUCCAUUCGGAUGAACUGGUCACAUACAGGGGUUUCUAUAUGGAAUUCAGAGCAUUCAGCCACACAGACCCUUGUCCUAGGCAAUUUACAUGUCCUGACAGAUCAUGCAUCCCUUUAAAUAGCAAGUGUGAUGGGUGGAAAGACUGCACAGAUGGAAGUGAUGAAUUGGACUGUGAUUGUAAUCCAAUAGAGACCAACUGUGGCAAUGGGAAGUGUAGGCACCAUUCCAGGUCCUGCAAAGGGGAUGAUAGUUGUGAGAAUGACAGCGAAGAAGACAGUUGUUCAUACAAAAGUUGCUCACAGCGUGCAUACAAGUGCCUAAAUGGGAAAUGCCCAAUGAAGCUGAAUCCAGAAUGUGAUGGAAUAAGAGAUUGUGCAGAUGGAUCUGAUGAAAUGAACUGUGCAUGUGGAAGGAGUCAGAUAAAGAAAACCAGAAUUGUUGGUGGUGAAGAUGCCAGAUCUGGAAAGUGGCCUUGGCAAGCAAGCCUGCAGCUAGGAACAUAUGGCCAUAUCUGUGGGGCAUCGAUUAUUUCAAAUACAUGGCUAGUAUCUGCUGCCCACUGCUUUCUAGACUCUGAUUCUGUGAGAUACUCUAUAGCAUCUGGCUGGACAGCAUAUAUGGGUAUAAGGAUCAUUAACAAAAACAGCAAUAAUCAAAUAGCCAUGCGAUCUAUCAAAAGGAUUAUAGUCCAUCCACAUUAUGAUCAAUAUAUCUCAGACUAUGACAUUGCCCUGUUGGAAAUGGAGGCACCUGUAUUCUUCAAUGAGCUGGUACAGCCCAUAUGUUUACCAAGCAGUCCUAGACUAUUUAUUUAUGGAACUGUCUGCUAUGUAACUGGCUGGGGAGCCGUAAAAGAAAAUAGUCAGCUUGCAAAAGCUCUACAAGAAGCUAAAGUAAAAAUAAUUAAUCAAAGUAUUUGUAAUAAGCUUUAUGAUGAUCUGAUCACAUCUCGGAUGCUGUGUGCUGGAAAUCUUAACGGUGGUAUUGAUGCGUGCCAGGGUGAUUCUGGAGGCCCAUUAGCCUGCUUAGGAAAGGGGAACAGAUGGUACCUGACAGGAAUUGUCAGUUGGGGUGAAGGAUGUGCUCGAAGAAACCGCCCUGGAGUUUAUACCAAGAUCACGGCAGUUUAUGACUGGAUUCGCCAAUACACAAAGUAA